AUGAACUACAGAGUAGCCCAGUGGUGGGGUUGGAAGGACCGUGCCUACAUCGAAGACACCAUGCAGCGCUUUCGCGACGGGUUCUUCCCGAUCGAUGCUGUCAUCAUCGACUUUGAGUGGUUUACCAAUGAGACCGACUACGACUAUCCACCGGACACGGGCAAGUCCUACUACGAAGACUUCGGCUUCAAUGAGGUCUUGUUCCCGGAGCCACAGUACCAGCUGUCGGACUACAACGAUCGCUUUCACAUCAAGGUGGCGGGCAUCCGCAAGCCCCGAAUCGGCAACACCGCGACCAUUGCAGACGCCCGCAAGAAGGGCUGGCUGCUGAAGAACUGCGAGCCGGGGGGUGGGUAUCCUCCAAUCGCCCCAGGCUAUGCGUGCGGCAGGGGCCUGAACUACUCGCUGCCAGAAGUGCGUGACUGGUAUGCAGACCAGCUGCAGCCCCUCUUGGACGCGGGCAUGGCCUUCUGGUGGAACGACGAGGGCGAAAGCGACUACUUCACCUUUCACUACUGGAACGAGGCUCAGCGCCAGGCGUUGCAGAAGUGGCAGCUGUCUGAGAGGUUCUUCUCGGUGAAUCGGGCGUUUUCUCCUGGUAUGGCCCGUCUGGGCGCGACUGUCUGGACCGGCGAUGUGUUUGCGAACUGGGCAACGCUGGAAGGGACGCCAGGCACUAUGCUGAAAUGGAUUCUUGCUGGGGCACCCUACGUUAGCUGCGACUCAGGAGGCGACACCCUUGCUGUUGGUUCGGUGGCUGCAGCUGCUGGGAAUGCAAAUGGCUCACGUCUCAUGUUGGCACUGCAGCUGGCUUGUGCAGUCUUUCCUGCCAUCAGGUUCUGGGCUUGCCUAGCCUACAAUGCUCAGGACGAGAGUGCUGCAGUCUGCACCGUGAUCCGAGUGCUGGCCGCGCACAACCAAGACGCGAGCUAG